AACCCAUUGAUCCUUUAUUACCAAAAUCAAUCUCUAGGGUUUAGGGUUUACUCUCUCUCUCUCUCUGCAAAAUGGGGAAGAAGCGAAAACACAGUGACGUAGAGGUACCGGCGGUGAAGAAGGAUGAAACGGCACCGGAGAGACCCAAACGGACUCUUCUGGGUUGGAAAGAUAAACCAGAAACCCAACAAGAAUCUACAGGAUUCAGAAACAGAGAGAAAGUUCUCGUCACCUGCUCCCGUCGCAUCAAUUACAGGUACCGGCAUUUGAUGUUGAAUUUGGUGUCUGUUUUGCCACACUGCAAAAAGGAUAACAAAGUUGAGUCAAAGGCUACUAAAGGAGCUACUUUGAAUGAGUUGGUUGAGCUUAAGAGUUGCUCUUCUUGUUUGUUCUUUGAGUGUAGGAAGCAUAAAGAUCUUUACUUGUGGAUGUCUAAGUGCCCUAAUGGUCCAUCAGUAAAGUUUUUAGUUAAUGCAGUUCACACAAUGGAAGAGUUAAAGCUCACUGGAAAUCAUCUUAAAGGCUCCCGUCCUCUACUCACAUUUUCAUCAAAUUUUGAUAAAGAUCCGCACUGGAAACUUUUGAAAGAAAUGAUUACACAGAUAUUUGGAACCCCCAAGGAACACAGGAAAUCAAAGCCCUAUCAUGACCAUGUCUUCGUGUUCUCAAUCGUUGAUGACCACAUAUGGUUCCGUAACUACCAGAUUUCAUGCCCUCAUACUGGAGCAGAUAAAAUUGAUCGAGGCGGCUUGGAAAAGAUGACCUUAAUUGAGGUUGGUCCAAGGUUUUGUUUAAAUCCAAUAAAGAUAUUUGGCGGUAGCUUUGGAGGUCCGACUCUGUAUGAGAAUCCCUUCUAUGUUUCGCCAAAUCAGAUACGUUCAUUGGAGAAAAGACAAAAGGCUGGCAAGUAUGCGAAGAAGGUUAAAGCAAAGACUAGAAGAAAAAUGCAUGAGAUGACAAACCCGUUGGAGACCGAUGAGUUUGCAGACAUGUGGAAGGAAUGAUCGGUUUUCAACAUGCUUGAUCCAUUGUACUCUUCAUAAGUUUCGGUUCUGUUUUGUAUGGCUGUAGGAUUCAUCGGAUUUGUCUAAUUGUCAAAAAGCGAUUUUGGUUUCCGGAUGCUUUUGAACUUCAAACCAUGCAAUCCCUAUAAUUUAAUAUAUUUUACAAUUCAAAUA